AUGUCUUUUGUUCAUGCUAAAUGCUCAGUGCAGGAGCGCCGUGUCUUAUGGUAUACCUUAUUAAAUGAUAAGCCAAUUUCUCUUCCUUGGUGCAUUGGGGGUGAUUUUAAUGUUAUAUUAGCACCUCAUGAAAAACGAGGGGGACGUCCAUUUGCUAUAGCGGAGGGGAUGGAAUUCAUGUCUUUUAUGGAAGAGGCCAGAGUUUUUGACGUAGGAUUUUCAGGAGCUAGCUUCACAUGGUCUAACAAUCGGAGAGGAAGAGCUCGGGUUUCAAAGAGGUUGGAUAGGUUUUUAGUCAAUGGGGCUUGUUUGGAUCUCUCAAACGCAAUUUCUGUGCUUCACCUGGCAAGACAUCCUUCAGAUCAUGCACCGUUGAAAAUUUCAUUUAAGGAGAGAUCAGAUCAUACGCCACGGCCUUUCAGAUUUUUGAACGUCUGGACAACCAAAUCUGAACUCUUGGAGGUAAUUCGAUAUGCUUGGAAUCAAGAUGUGUCUGGUUCUCCAUUGCGUGUUUUGAGCUCUAAACUUUUGGCAACGAGGAGGGCUAUUCAAACUUGGAACAAGCAACACUUUGGGAAUGUAUUUGAUGCUGUUCGUUCUGCGGAAAUGGGGCUUCAACGCGCAGAGGAAGCUAUGGAUCAAUAUGCAUCGGAGGAAUGUCAGGUUGAGCUUAGCAAGGCUCAGGCGGAGUUGCGACAUGCAUUGUCAAUUGAAGAACAAUUUUGGAGCCAAAAAGCCAGGGUCAAAUGGCUUAAACACGGAGAUCGUAAUUCAAGGUAUUUUCAUGCGGUAGUAAGACAGAGACGGGCUCAAGGAAUGAUUCACCGCAUCAAAAAGUCAAACGGUGUUUGGGUGGACAAGAAUGAUGAUAUAGCAACUGAGGCAAUAACAUAUUUUUCUGACCUAUUCACGUGUUCUUUAGAGUCAUCUUCCGAUUUGCGGUACCUAAUUCCAUCCAUAAUCUCGGAAGAGGACAAUGAAAAAUUGGAAGAGGUUCCUUCGAUUGAAGAAGUCUAUCGAGUCGUGAGAUCAAUGGAUGGGGACAGUGCUGCUGGCCCAGAUGGUUUCACAGGUAAAUUUUUUACAUUUGCCUGGGAAGUUGUCGCCCAAGAUGUAUAUAAUGCAAUACUCAGUUUUUUCUGUGGGGCAGAGUUGCCUCGAUUCAUCACAUCUACCUCCAUUGUGUUAAUUCCGAAGAUGCCAAAUCCUCAGGAUUUUUCUCAAUAUAGGCCCAUCAGUCUGUGUAACUUCUUCAACAAAUUAUUAUCCAGGAUCUUAGCUGAUAGAAUUGCUUAUGUUCUGCCCAAAAUUAUUUCACCCCAGCAGACAGGCUUUGUGAAGGGGCGCAAUAUAACAGAUAAUUUUCUGCUAGCUCAGGAGAUAGUUUCGGGUAUUGGGAAAAAAAAUAGAAGAGGCAAUGUGGUAAUGAAGCUUGACAUGUCUAAGGCUUAUGACCGGGUGGCAUGGGAUCAUAUUAUUGAUGUUCUCAGGAGGUUUGGCUUCGGAGAAAUAUUUAUUGAUUUAGUAUGGCGAUUGAUCUCUAAUGUCUGGUUUUCGGUCAUUUUAAAUGGGGCAUCUCAUGGUGCUAGAGGCUUAUCAAAGGUGUUCGGGUCAGCUAAUAAAUGUGCUAAAACUUGUUACCUGGUUCAUCCAUCUUUACCACCGGCAAGACGAAGGGUGAUUGAACGUAUCACCAAGUUUACCUGGCAACCAUUUCCAAUUCGGUAUUUGGGUUGCCCCCUUUACUUUGGGAGAUGCAAAUCAUCAUAUUUUGGAGAAGCGUGUCAGUCUAUUCUAGGGAGAAUUAUAUCAUGGAAAUCAAGGAUGCUUUCCUUUGGAGGUAAGAUAGUUCUAAUCAAACAUGUCUUGGCAUCGAUGCCAGUACAUCUGAUGUCGGCUGCGGUUAUCCCGAGUAAGGUAUUUAGAACUAUUGAAAAGGCUUUCUCGACCUUCAUAUGGAGCUCUUCACCCGAGGAGUCGAAAUUUCACUGGAUACGUUGGUCCCAUAUGUGCUAUCCGAUAGAUGAGGGAGGAGUUGGAUUUCGGAAGCUACAAGACAUCUAUACAGCUUUCUCAUUCAAACUUUGGUGGAAUUUUAGAAAGGGUUUGUCAUUGUGGGCUGAAUUUAUGAAAGCAAAAUACUGUAGACACCUUCAUCCUUGUCAGGUAGAAAUCAAGGCAAUUGACUCCGCACUCUGGCGCAGGAUGGUCAAUGUGAGUCGACAAGUGGAAUUCUCUAUGCUAUGGAUUGCAAAAGACGGCGCUUGUCAUUUUUGGUACGACAAUUGGUUGGGGGGUGGUGCUUUGUUCCACCAAGCGACCGUUGUCCCACAUUUGUCUUUUGCUAAUUUCAUCAUCAAUGGACACUGGGAUGUGAAUUUGUUAUAUCAGAUAAUGCCGAGGGAAAUGGUGCCCUCUAUUUUAGAGCACCCGAUUCCAGAAGAAGGGGGUGAAUCUGAAGUCAUUUGGACGCUCACAACAUCUGGAAACUUCUCUAUAGCUUCGGCAUUUCGGGAUAUUAGGCAGGCCCGCAACAAGUCUAUGGUCUUUAAUACAAUUUGGCAUUCUCAGCUCCCUUUCAAAGUUUCAUUCUUCAUGCUACGAUUGUUGCUGGGGAGACUGCCGGUUCCAGAUCGGUUAUGUAAACUUGGUUUACAUUUACCCUCAAAGUGUUUUUGCUGUGCUUCGGCAUCUGAGGAAUCAAUUGAACAUUUAUUUUCUAAUGGCCAUAUAGCGUCGACAGUUUGGCACUAUUUUGGAGCUUCAUGUGGUUUGUCCUUUCCAGGGUCAUCUUUGAGGCCCCGUAUAGUGGGUUGGUGGCUCAGCUCAUAUGAUUCUGAAAUACAACGAUUUAUUGGGCAGAUUCUACCCAGCAUUGUCUGUUGGCAUAUUUGGAAAGCAAGGAAUAAAGCAAUGUUUGAGGAUGUUCAGAUGAGGCCGCUUGCCAUUUGUCGUGCCAUUUUCUCGAAAAUCCAGACCAUGGUGGGAAUUCAUUUCAAACAAGUGUUCAGAGUACAGUCAUUUCAUCAUUUGUAUGAUUGGUCGUAUUCUUCUCAUACUGAGGUUACAUACAAACUUGUUCGUUGGGAAGCAAAGGAAUCCGAUUGGUUCAUAUUAAAUACGGAUGGCUGUUCUAAGGGCAAUCCAGGAGUGAGUGGAGGCGGUGGGGUUCUUCGGGAUUCAAAUGGCAUACCUUUGAUUGGCUUUUCGGCAUAUCUUGGGGAAACUACAAGUCUAUGUGCAGAGGUUCGGGCACUCCUUAUUGGUCUUCAAACUUGUGUACAUAGGGGUUUUCAAAAUCUCUAUGUUCAAUCGGAUUCUUUAUUAUUAGUUGGAAUUCUUCAGAAUCACAUUCAAUGCCCCUGGAAGAUUCGACGAGAGAAUAGGCAGAUUUGGCAGUUGGUGAAAGAUCCUGAUCGUUUUUCGCAUUGCUAUAGGGAAGCUAACAAAGUUGCUGAUGCGCUGUCCAAUGUGGGCGUAUUUCAUCCAGAGCAUCAAGUCAAGCUUUACGAGGCCUUUAAUUCGUUCCCAACUAUGGCUCGUGGGGCCAUUCGACUUGAUAGAUUAGGAAUGCCUUCAAUUCGGAAAAGUAAGCGUAUGAAGGGCUGA